AUGAAGUACGCAUUUGUUCUCACGGCUAUUGCCGCUAUUGCCUCCAAGGUCGCCGCUGUCGGCGUCUCAGGCACCCCCGAGGGUUUCGCUUCUUCCGCCACUGGUGGCGGUGAUGCCACUCCCGUCUACCCUUCCUCCACCGAUGAGCUGGUCUCUUACCUCGGUGAUAGCGAGGCCCGUGUCAUCGUUCUGAGCAAGACUUUCGACUUCACUGAUACUGAGGGUACUACCACUACCUCCGGUUGUACUCCUUGGGGUACUGGCUCCGCCUGCCAGGUUGCCAUCAACAAGGAUGACUGGUGCACCAACUAUGAACCUGAUGCCGCUACCACUACUGUCACCUACAACAACGCUGGUAUGCUGGGUAUCACCGUUGGCUCCAACAAGUCCUUGAUUGGCGAGGGCACCAGCGGUGUUAUCAAGGGCCGUGGUCUGCGUAUGGUCAGCGGUGUUGAGAACAUCAUCAUCCAGAACAUCGCUGUCACGGACAUCAACCCUAAGUACGUCUGGGGUGGUGAUGCUAUCACCGUCGAUCAAGCCGACCUGAUUUGGAUCGAUCACGUUACCACUGCUCGCAUAGGUCGCCAGCACUACGUCCUGGGCACUGAAGCCGACAACCGUGUCUCGAUCACCAACAACUACAUCAACGGUGAAUCCGACUACUCCGCCACCUGCGACGGCCACCACUACUGGAACGUGUACCUCGACGGCUCUAGCGACAAGGUAACCUUCAAGGGCAACUACCUCUACAAGACCAGUGGCCGUGCCCCCAAGGUCCAGGACAACACCUACCUCCACGCCGUCAACAACUACUGGGACAACAACUCCGGUCACGCCUUCGAGAUCGGUUCUGGCGGCUACGUCCUUGCGGAGGGCAACUACUUCUCCAACGUCGACGCUGUCCUGGAGUCUUCCUCCUUUGCAGGUGCUCUCUUCGCUUCUGACAGUGACUCCAGCACCUGCGAGUCUUAUAUCGGUCGCUCCUGUGUCGCCAACGUCAACGGCGGCACUCUGACUGGUUCUUCCACCACCGUUCUGAGCAACUUGAAAGGCGAGACUCUUGCUACUGCCGAUAAGGCCAGCACAGACCCUGCUGGUAGCGCCGGUCAGGGUAACCUGUAA